AGAAGAGGAAAAUCUCUGCAGUACUUGAUCCUCUUCACAUAUCUUUAAUUUAAAAGCUAAUUCUUAACCAGUUAUGGUGAUUUGACCUUUUUUCAGGAUUAUUAUUAUUAGGCUGUUUAUGAUGGAACCAUCAGAAAUCAGCACGUGUUCUAGACCUCCUGAGUCCCAGCUUUCUGAGGAUGUGAAGACAGAGACUUGUACAAUGUCAAGUGGAAACUCAUCAAGUGUUGUGGGACACGUCAUUCCCACAGACCAAGAGAACAGAGAAUUCCCAAAGGAGGAGCCUGAAGAUGAAGACUACCUUUACUGUGAGCACUGCAGGUCCUUCUUUACCAAUGAAUGUAAUGUUCAUGGUCCAGCUGUCUUUGUCCCUGACACUCCUGUUCCUAUGGGAGUUGCUGACCGAGCCAUACAAACCCUUCCACAAGGUCUAGAAGUUCGAGAGUCUAGUAUUCCUGAGGCAGGCCUGGGUGUCUUCAAUAAAGGCGAGAUUAUUCCAGUUGGUGUGCACUUUGGACCCUAUGAGGGAGAUCUGGUAGACAAAGAGGAAGCUAUGAACAGUAACUACUCUUGGGUGAUAUACAAAUAUAAUCAAAGUGAGGAAUACAUAGAUGCUAAGAAAGAGACACAUGCUAACUGGAUGAGGUAUGUGAAUUGCGCUUCUAAUAAUGAAGAGCAAAAUCUUGUGGCAUUCCAGUAUCAAGGGAGAAUUCUAUAUCGCUGCUGUCAAAACAUUAAACCAGGACAGGAGCUCUUGGUGUGGUCUGAAGAGGAGCAUGCUAAAGAUUUUGACAAAAUGAACGUCACUCUGCUGCAAGUUAUCUCUUGCUCCCUGCGUCCACUUUGGUAUAAAUCUUGUAUUAGGAGAUGCCAGUAUGGCAAAUAUGAGCAACCACAGAAAUCCAGAGAGAUAAAAUAUACAGAGAAUCCAAUGCUCACAAGAAGCCCUGAUAGUCAGCAAUCAUCUUGUAGCACUCUCAUUCACCAGUGCUCAGACUGUGAAAAGAGUUUUACUCAUCUACGUCAUCUCAAAGAACACCAGCACAUUCGCACAGGAGAGAAGCCCUAUCACUGCUCACAGUGUGGGAAGAAUUUUACUAAACGCAGCACUCUGCGACGACACAGUCGUACUCACACAGGAGAGAAACCGCAUCACUGCACACAGUGCGGGAAGAGUUUUACUCACCGCAGUUCUCUCCAACGCCACCAGCGGAUUCAUACAGGAGAUAAGCCGUAUCAGUGCUCACAUUGUGGCAAAAGUUUUACUUACAGCAAUUCUCUCCAACAACACCAGCGCAUUCACACAGGCGGAAAGCCCUGUCAGUGCUCACAGUGUGGAAAGAGCUUUACUCGAGAGCGUCAUCUUCAAGCACACCAGCACGUUCACACGGGAGAGAAGCCGUAUCACUGCUCACAGUGCGGGGAGAGUUUUACUCACAGUAGUACUUUCCAACUACACCAACGGAUUCACACAGGAGAGAAGCCAUAUCCCUGCUCACAGUGUGAGAAAAGUUUUACUCACUACAGUGUCCUCCAAAUUCACCAGCACAUUCAUACAGGAGAGAAGCCCCAUCAGUGCUCACAGUGUGGAAAGAGUUUUAAUCGAGACAGUACUCUCCAACGGCACCAACGUAUUCACACAGGCCAGAAGCCGUAUCACUGCUCAGAGUGUGCAAAGAGUUUUAAUCAACAGGGUUCUCUCCUACGGCACCAGCGCAUUCACUCCGGAGAGAAACCACAUCACUGCACAGAGUGUGGGAAGAGUUUUACUCAAGCGAAUACUCUCCAGUUACACCAACACGUUCACACAGGAGAGAAACCGCAUCAGUGCCCACAGUGCGGGAAGCGUUUUACUCAACCGAGUCAUCUCCAGCAACACCAGCGCAUUCACACUGGAGAGAAACCAUAUUACUGCACAGAGUGUGGCAAGAAUUUUACUCAAGCGAGUACUCUCCAGCAACACCAGCGCGUUCACACUGGAGAGAAACCAUAUCACUGCUCACAGUGCGGGAAGCGUUUUACUCACUCCGGUAAUCUCCAAGAACACCAGCGCAUUCACACCGAGGGGAAGCCGUAUCAGUGCUCAGAGUGUGGGAAGAGUUUUAUUCGAGAGAGUGUUCUCAAAAUACACCAGCGCGUUCACACUGGAGAAAAGCCAUAUCAGUGCGCACAGUGCGGGAAGAGUUUUACUCAGAAGAGUUCUCUCCACCAACACCAACGCACUCAUACUGGAGAGAAGCCGUACCACUGCUUAGAAUGUGGGAAGAAUUUUACCAGACAGAGUCAUCUGCAACAACACCAGCGCAUUCACACUGGAGAGAAACCGUAUCACUGCACACAGUGUGGGAAGAGUUUUAGUCACUACAGUUCUUUCCAAAAGCACCAGCGCAUUCACACGGGAGAGAAGCCGUAUCAGUGCUCACAGUGUGGAAAGAGUUUUAAUCAGGAGAGCAUUCUCAAACACCAUCAGCGCAUCCACACUGGAGAGAAGCCGUAUCGCUGCUUAGUGUGCGGGAAGAGUUUUACCAGACAUAGUCAUCUCCAGCAACAUCGACACAUUCACACGGGGGAGAAACCGUAUCAGUGCUCGCAGUGCGGGAAGAGUUUUACUCACAGCAGUUCUCUCCAGCAACACCAGCACGUUCACACGGGGGAGAAGCCGUAUCAGUGCUCACAGUGCAGGAAGAGUUUUACCAAACACAGUCAUUUCAAAGUGCACCAGCGCAUUCACGCCGGAGAGAAGCCGAAUCAGUGCUUAGCGUGUGGGAAGAGCUUUACCAGACAGAGCCAUCUCAAACAGCACCAGCGCAUUCACACAGGAGAGAAACCAUACAAGUGCUCACAGUGUGGGAAGAGUUUUACUCACAGCAGCACUCUCCAGGUACACCAGCGCGUUCACACAGGACAGAAGCCGUAUCCCUGCUCACAGUGCGGACAGAGAUUCAGUCAUUUAACAAGAUUAAACACACACACGUGUGAUACCACAAAGCCAGAGUGACCGGAGUUCAUUAAAUCAGGCAUCAUGAUUAUCAGUAUUGUUCCUACAUGUUCUCCUUCAAUGCUGCAGUCAUCUUGAUGGACCAGGGAAAGAUGCAGGAAUGUUGAGGACUUGUCCCUGGCAGCAAGUCAAAAGAACAAUCCCAGUGACUUGGUGGAGAGAGUUUGACAUCCUGUUGCUUAUUCUGUAUAACACAGAAUACAAAUUUGGUAUUCUGUAGGCACAUUCCAUUUGCUUAUCUUCCAAGCUUUCUAUAAAGAUGGAGCUGCACUAGAUCUGGACAUAAGCUGCUGGGGAGCCAGCUGAUUUGUCCUCUUGACCAGGUUAUCCUGGGAUUGUGUCCUUUUAAGCAAGAAAGACCUAGAAUAAUUUAGACCGAGCAUUUUCAAUGGUCUCUAGGGCAGAUAUUGGCUGUCAACCCAAGUUCAGAGUUGCAGUAUUCAGGUCUAGAUUAAAAAAAACCCAACAAAACCUACAGAUUGAAUAAGUUGAACAGAUUCUGUAGUCAUAUUCCGAUAUUCAGAAAACAGUCUUCAGGAUGUGGUAUUUCUAUGUGAUCGGGCAAAAUUAGCAUAAAGGAUGAACAAUGGUGGACAAAGAACUGACCCCUGAGGGGUGCCAGUAUUAAAGCUGAGGUAAGAAAUUUACACUUAACCUUGGAUGCAUGUCUUCAGUUUGUGUGGCUGAUUCAGAACCCCUUCUAUUGCCUACUGAAGAGAUACAAGGUGCUUGGCCCAGCUUGUAACAGGUAUCAAUGCUGUACGGUGUACUUGUGGUGGACCACUACCUAGUGUUAAGAUGAUUUUCUUGAGUCUCUGGAAGGGUGCAACUGAACUUUGAGUCAAGUGAUCCUGCCAACAUCGCAUUGUCAAACACCCUAAAGUUCAGCAUGGAGAUGAAUCAGAACAUUCCCAGGUGUUCAGUGAGCAAAUCCACCUGGGACAUCUUAACUGUACAUGUUUUUGGUGCAGUAUGCACUGCAGUAUUUGUUUGAAACGCUUCCGUAUCCUACCAGUCAAAGAUUUGGAUACAAAAGUAUGAAUCUGAGGUACUGGGAUGUUUUUCUGACCACUACAGGCCUUGAACUCCAGGGAUCUUCAAUAUUAAGGUGCAACGCCUGCGUCCACCAAAGCAUUGACUAGGUAUCCACUGAUGUCAGUCCUGCCUUUGCAAUACUUUCCAUCUCUCAUGAAGCUUGUCAUUAAUGUUGAAUGUAGUCUGGGGUUGAUGGGAAUUGGCUCAUCACUGGUGCUGGGUUCUGCUAAAGUUUAGUUCGUGGGGGCAGUGACCCUUAAGAUGGUUCACAACGGCUUUACAGGGGACAUUUUGGUAGUUUUUUGUUUGUUUGUUUGUUUUUCCCCUCAGUUCUAUUCUGACAAUGUUUCUUGUUAAAAGUCACGUGCAUUAAAAUGAAGCGUGGGUAAUUCCAUGUAAUUCACUACUGUAUGUGCACCACAGAACUGGCACUGCACCUCUACCUGCAAAACAACACUACACAGCCAUACACAACAUCUAAUUGGAAAUAAAUUGAUUUUUCUUCCUCAGCUUCACUGGUGUGACCUUUCACUCAUCUACACCCACCUUCAAAUCCUCCCAUUGGUCUUUCUGUACUUAAAUGUUUGGUAAGAGGAACUGUUGAGGAAAACAUGAAUAAUUGUAGUCUAUAGUAAGUAAAGUUUUCAUUCAAGAAGGGAGAAAAUGGUUCCAGAAUGGUGGAGCAUUUGUGGAAGAUGUGUGACAAUGGUGGGUUUUUUUUUUAUUUUAUUUUAUUUUAUUUUUCCCCUGUAGAGAUAUUUAUAAAGUGGUCAUAGACUAGGGGUGAAAGAGAGAGGUAAAGGGUAUGAUCUGCUUCCAGUGUAGUGAUGAUGAUGAUGCUUAUUAUUGUUCUUAGUGGUGGUGUUUUAUUCUUCUUCAAUUAUUAUCUUCACCAACUUUGUAGGAGGUGAUGGUUUUUGCCUCUGUUUGUCUGUUCCCAACAUAACUCAAAAAGUAGUGAACAGAUUUGGAGGAAAGGUGAGCCAGGGACCAAUAAACAACUGAUUAGAUUUUUAAUGCAAAUCCGGAUGUGUAAGUGGAUCCAGGAUACAGAUGUGUGUCCGGAUCUAUGAUUUACUUAUUUAUUUUGGUCUCUUCCCAAUAUAACUCAAAGUAGUGAACGGAUUUGGAUGAAAUUUGGUGGACAGCUUUACUAUGAUCCGAGGUUAAAGUGACAUGAUUUUGAUGUUGAUAAUAUGUUGCUUGGUGGAGGAAUGCACUCUAACCACUGCCCUUAUGGUUUUUUUUCCCCCCUCCCUCUAUUUUUGAACACUACUCCAUAAUGGCCACCAGGGGGAGGGAGAGGAGAGCGCAACACAUUUAUGAGCACUUUUGUACUGUAUGUUUAUAUGCAUGCAAAUACAUUUGUAUUUUAGUUUUCUAUAGGUGUACAUUUUAUAUAUGUAUAUAAGCUGUCAGUAUGGUAUGGUAUGGUAUGGGUCGGGUCUGUCUCUCGUUCCUACAGGUUAUCAUUGUAAUUUUAUUGUAUAUAUUCGACAUUAGCAUGAAACUAACGGGAUUUACAGACACCAGUUGCUCAGAUCCCAGUGUUAUUAAUCCCAGCUUUCAGC